AUGGGUUUAUCGGAGCUGUUAUCUACAGUUCCUGAAAUCAAAAUUAAUGAAUCUUUGUGGGCCCAGAUAACAAGCAAAGAUUUGAUCACUGGGCCGUUCGACUAUCAAAAAUCGUGCACUUACCAAAAGUUCAUUGAAGCACUGCACUUACCGAAGAUUGAUGCGAACUCGAGCGAACUUAUUGAACCUGCUGACGACGAUGAACUAGCUAAAGCACUUGAUCACCAUUCAAUAGUUACAUCUCAGCUGCCCGAUACACAAGAUGACCAUUUUCAGACGGCUGAUGAAAUUAUAGAGGAAUUAGACCGAAUGAUGGUCGACGACACUCUGGAACCGGAUCUUGAUCUCGACUUCGUCGGAUCUCAUGCUUAUGACGAGGAGGCGUCUGCAUACGUAUGGAAACCUGUUGAAGUUCUUACUCAGCUAUCAAUCCCCCAGCUGAAUCAUCUAGUCGACGAGAUCGACUAUGUCAUCCGCUAUUACUCGGCAUGUCUAGUUCACGAACUUGCGACCCGCGAGGAGCUGGAUUAUGAACAAGAACUGAAAGACAUAUUCUUCACUCUUCUGCUUGAAGUCCACACACGGAUCGAGGGUUUUGACUCGCACUCC